GUAGGACGGCCAUCUUCCCUAAAACACAAACAACAAGAGCGUACUAGACAUCAACACGCAACGACCAUUGGAGAGGGAGAGAGAGCAAAAAACAGUAAAAACGGAACACGAUUCUCGAGGAGGAGCACAGAACACAAACAACUGCACAUGCAUCCAAAGUGAAGAUCGUAGAGUUUGACGGGGCGACUGGACAGUAAUCGCAUCGACAGCUCCAGAAAUACGAUAAAGGAGGGAGAGGGAUUGUCGGCGUGAGGAGGGGGUCACCAGCUGGGACCUGGUCCACACAGCAUUGCCAGUACAACAGAAAGCGUUCGAAAGACACACACAAAUAGAGAAGGAGAGAAGCUUAUUGGGGUCAUAACUGCUUCUGGCAGCUGUAUUAUCAACAAGUUUGACUUUUUUCUGUUUUCUGUUUUGUCUGUUCGUCUGUUUUGUUCGUUUCUUGUAGUCGAUCGACUUUAGACGUCAGUAUCAAAGCUCUGCAGUUUACUGCAGUCCGACAGGUAUUACUCAUUUUAAGGGGUUUUGAUUUCUUUUUUUGUUUUGCAUUUGUUUUUAUUUGUUUGUUUUCAUCGGCUGUGAACAAGAGAGCUCUUACUGCAUCUGACCUUUCGUAUUUCUGCUCUCCUGCACACUUCCCCUGAAUAAGGCAGCUAUAACCCUACUCUCUCUUAGAAACACACAUACGCACACACAUAUACACAAACACACCUUUCAGCCCUCUCACCCAGACCUGGUCCAGCCUAGUCUUGCCUGCGCCACUCCCCCGGACAGGACUUUCACCUCUGAGAAGGAAGGAAGAAUAUGACUGCUGAAACACUUAACUUUGGCCCAGAAUGGCUCCGUGCACUUUCCAGUGGAGGCAGUGUGUCUUCCCCUCCUGCCUCUCCUGCUAUGCCAAAGUACAAGUUGGCCGAGUACCGUUACGGCCGAGAGGAGAUGCUAGCACUUUAUGUCAAAGACAACAAGGUCCCUGAAGAAAUGCAGGAUAAGGAGUUUGCUGCUAUUCUGCAGGAUGAGCCUCAACAGCCACUGGCACUGUUGCCUCUCACUGAGGAAGAGCAGAGGAACUUCUCAAUGUCUGUCAACAGUGUGGCUGUGCUGAGGCUUAUGGGUAAGGGGGGCGGGGCCGUCCCGGCUGGGGUGAACCGAGGUAGAGGCAGCGUGAGAGGCAGUCGAGGUCGAGGACGAGGAGAGGGCGGAUUCUACCAAAGAAGCAGUGAAGAAGGAGAGGGCGGUUUUGGUCGUAGCGUUCGAGAGAUCCAUCGCAGCCAGAGCUGGGAUGACAGAAACGAAAGACGUUUUGAGAAACCUCUGAGGAGGGAAGGUGUGCGCCUGGGUUUUGAGGAGGGGGGUCCAGGUGGCAGAAAGGAGUUCAUGCGCUCUGAUAGUGAAAACUGGCGCAUACUUAGAGAGGAUCAGGAAGAAGAGGACACAGGAGAGCCUGGUGGCAGCUGGAGACUCACCGGCUCACGAAGAGAUGAUGGUGGUCCUCGCUCGGCCGGUUGGCGGGAACACUCUGGUCCGGGAGAAGUUCGCCGCAGGAAGUUUGACUUCGACUUCCGGGAUGGAGGGAACGAGGGAGGCAGAAGGAGAGCAGGCAGUGAAGGAGCAGAGGAGGAGAGAGAUGGUCUGCCAGAGUGGUGUACAGAUGAGGAAGAUGGAGAAAUGGGAACCUUUGAUUCUUCUGGAGCGUUUAUGUCUAUCAAGAAGGGCCCGAAAGAUCCUAUUCCAGAAGAGGAGUUUGAGUUCCAGGGGUUGGAGGAUGAGGAAGAGGACGGUGCUAAUCAAGAGAAGAAGAACGGAAAUGAUACUGAAAAAAGCGAGAAAGAUGUCACUGACUCUGCUCCGAUGUCUGAAACUGAAGUGAAACCGGUUUCUCCUUCCCCUCCUCCUUCUCUCCCUCCAACUCUUCCUACUCCUGUCCCUGAGGCUGUGCCCUCUGCUGCCCCCUCUGGCCUGGAGGAGCCUCAGCCUGCCCCCUCCAUUCCCAACAAACUACCAAGUGAAGUGUUAUCAGAGGCCAUGUUAGAUUUGAGCCCCAGUGCCUCCUCCAGUCUGCCUUCAUCGCCUCCCUCUUCGUCCUCUGCUGCUACUGACCUCCCACUACCGGGGGGUGAUAUUGAGGAUGAUGAGGGCAUGAAGCACCUGCAACAGGAGGCAGAGAAGAUGGUGGCAGCGCUCCAAGACACAUCUCUAGAGGAAGAGUGCUUCACCCAGACUCUUCAGGAGAGCAGAAACACAGCCUCUGCUCUUCCUCUCUCCCAUGACUCGGCCAUGAAAUGGUUUUACAAAGACCCGCAAGGAGAGAUUCAGGGUCCUUUCAGUACAGUGGAGAUGUGUGAGUGGUUUCAGGCGGGGUAUUUCGCCAUGAACCUGCUUGUUAAACGUGGUUGUGAUGAGGGAUUUCAGCCGCUGGGGGAAGUCAUUAAGAUGUGGGGGCGUGUGCCUUUCGCCCCUGGCCCCUCCCCUCCGCCCCUCUUGGUGAGGAAUCAAGCCCAGCUUCGCCCUCACCCACCCCGGGGGGCAAUCGGAAAUAUGGAUCAGGAGCGGCUGAAGAAGCAGCAGGAAUUAGCUGCUGCCACGGCUCUUUACCAGCAACUCCAGCAACAGCAGCUGUUCCAGCUCAUCAACAGGUGUGGAGAGCAGGGUAUGAUGCCUUCGUUAAACAGGUCGAUGUCAGUGCCAGAUACAGGGUCCAUGUGGGACAUGCAUACCUCAGCCUCACAGCCAGCAGGCGGUGAGGCCAGUCUAUGGGACUUAAUGAAUUCUUCAUCUCAGGGUCCAAUUCUAGAACAGCUUCAGAAGCUACAUGAGAGAAGAGAAGCUGAACUCAGGGCCAAGCGUGAGGAAGAGGAAAGAAAACGGAGAGAUGAAAAAAGGCGAGAAGAGCAGAAAAGGAGAGAGGAGGAGGAGCUUUACAGGCGCAAACAGCAGCAGGAUUUGCUGAUGAAGUUGCUCCAGCAGGCUCCACGUCAGGGUUCCUCAGGCUCCGGGUCGAGCUGGAGCGGAGGACCCAUCCCUGGUCUGGGAAAGCAGACCAAGCCUCUCAACCUCCUGGACGUCCAGCAGGAGACCGAAAGAAUGCACAAACAACAGCACAGAGUCCAGCAGCAGCAGAGGUGGGGUGAUGCCUCUUCGUUGUGGGGAGCUGCUGGAUCUUUGGAUGGAAAGGUGGGUGGCAGCGGCAGCCCCUCUGGAGGAGGCAUGGGAGUCUGGGACGAGGCCCUCAAGAACCAGAGCGCACUUCGCAACAACAUAGGGCUGAAGAACAGCCGGAGCAGUCCCUCGCUGAGUGAGCAGUAUAUGAUGAGAAACCGCAAACGCACUGAGGAGGAGGAGCGGCUGUUGAAACUCCUGCAGGGGAUGAAGUCUCAGGACGGCUUCACCACCUGGUGUGAACAGAUGCUGCAUGCGCUCAACACCUCCGCCAAUAACUCCUCCUCUUCCCAGGAUGUGCCUACCAUUGUGGCGUACCUGAAGGAGGUGGAGUCCCCGUAUGAUGUGUUGAACUUUAUCUGCUCCUACCUGGGCGACACUGUCGAAGCCAAAGAGUUCGCCAGACAGUUCCUGGAGCGCCGUGCCAAACAGAAAGCUAACCACCAGAGACAGCAGCAGCAGCUCUCCAAAGAGAUGGCUGGACUUAGCAUGAACAACUUCCCUCUGCAGGAUACUGUACGAGGAAUGAACCCCAGUGCCCUGCAGACGAUGUUCCAGGUGCAUUCUGGGAAGGGGGGUGUGGUCUAUGAUCAGGCAGCAAAGCUGAAGAAGAAACAGCCCAUGAUGCUGCACUCUGACCCAAGCAUCUUAGGGUACUCAUUCCAUGGUGGCCCUGAUCGGUAUGGUCUAAACGAGAUGGAGAUGGUCGAGGAUUACUGAAUCCACAGCAAUAGCUACACGAGGCCUUUAAACCCGCGGGUCCACCUAAUCAGACUCCGCAAGUCGAAUGUGCACUGCUUUGAGGGAGAGGGGUUUGGGGAUAAGCCAGGAGUAAGGUAUCAGUUUAGGGGUGGGUGGGUUUUGCGCUGGGAAUAGAAGAAUGUAAUUCAACAGGGAAGGGAACAGGUGUGAACUUAUUUUUGUGUUUGUGUGUGUGUUUUCGGGGGACGGGGGGUGAUAAAGUUCUGGCACUUACAGCAUUAAGCACCUUACACUCAGACUAAUGCACUUUAUUAAGAUAGAGUUUGUUUGUUUUUUUUUCCUUUUUCUUUUUUCGAGAAGAUUUACUUGUAUAUUUAUGUGGUAUGGCUUCAGAAAUAUUACCACAUAUAUAUACCGUGUGUGUGUGUGCGCGCGCGCGUGUGUGUGUGUGUGUGUGAAUCAGAACUGGAGUUUGUGCUGGGAGGAAAUGGUGGCGAUUGGGGGACCAUUGCGUGUUUUAGUUCAGACAUUAUCAGAAAAACAAAUCCUCUCUUUAAAGACAAACACUGUUGUUUUUUUAUAUACAUAUAUAUAAAGUUUCUAUAAAAACGUAAAGCUAUUAUAAAAAAACUUUGAUUAUAAAACUUGAAGAUUUGCACUCACAUAAAAUGCAAGUUAAAAAGAUAAAAAAAAAAGUUAGAUAUAAUAGAGAUGAAUAUUUUUGUGAUCGUGUGCCUGUGUGUGUAUGUCAAUACACGCAUGUUUGUUCAAGACCGUAUGAGAGCGUGUGUGUGUGUAUGUGCGUUUAAAACAUACCAGUCUGCACAAUGUAUUUUUUUUUUUAAUCGCUUACUUAGAUGAUCAAAAGAGGCCAUUUCGUCAUUCAGAGUGAUUUUUUUUUUUUUUUUUUCCUUCCUUUUUUUUGAAUUCUAUGAACCGAAUGUGUGAAUGUGAGCGCUUGUGUGCAGGAGGAACUGUGUGUAUUACUCCUCUUGUAAACGUGCAGUAUGUAAGCGAACGAAUGAAAGACAGAGAGAGGGGCAACGGCACAACACAUCCUCUUUCACCAGCCCUUCAAUUCCCCAACAAAGAAAGACCUCUAGAUUCAAACACAAAAGCUUUAGCCCAUUUUACGCCAACCAGCACUCUUAGUUUUCACGGCGGGGAGCGCGAGAGACGUCUUUUCCUGCCUCCGCCGCCUCAUUUUUGCCUCUGUGAGGUUUUAGAACAUGUCAUUAGCAUUGUUUUUGUUUGUGUGUUGUUGAAGAGCUCAAUCUUGUAUACGUUUAGGAAAUGGUUACUUGUGGUACGUUGCAUUGCGUGCGUGUGCGUUUUUUUUUUUUUUCUGUCCCCACGUGUGCCUAAGAACUAAAGGGCGAAUGAUUAGACUUCAUUGCUGCCAUUAAGACAUUAUUUUUUAGCAAAGGGGCGUGGCUUCCUUCAGAAGGCUCCGCCCCCCACAUGCCUCCCAUGCUUAUGAACCAAGAGCCUAUCUCUGUACAGUUCUAUUGUAGCCUGGGGAUGCUUGGAUGAAAGAAACAUUUGAUAUUUGGAGGAUGUGACCUAACAUUGCCUUUCUGUCCACUCUCUUGCUCUCGAGUGACUGAGGUUUUGACUCUUUCUGGCUGAAAAAAAAAAAAACGAUCGCAACAAACUGUGCAAGUGCACUUGGCGGUGCACAAAAUGUUUGUAUAUUUUGUUACUUGUUCAUUGUUGUUGUCGACGACAAUGAUGGUGAUUUUUCUUUUAAUGUUAUAUAUGAUUAUAUAUGAAUCUAUAACAAAGUAUUGGACUACAAAGGAAGAGCACUUGGGGCUGCUACUUUUUUUGUUCGUUUUGAAAAAUUUCCUUGGAUUUUUUUUUUUUUUUUUUUUCAGUUGCCACCAUGUGAAGUGCAUUUGUGUACUUUUUUUCUUUCCUUCUUAAAAAAAAAAAAAGUUGAAUGUAUUCCAAAAAAAUGUAACGGUGUAGAUGGAGUUGCUCAACACAGGAUAUUAACAUGAUCAGGAGCGAAAUCGAAAGGCUACCACAAAAACGCACUGCCUCUACAAUCCUGUUCAUACAGACUUUGACUAUGAAAAUGAGAACUUAAAAAAAGAUAUUCUAUUCCAUACUGGAGUUUUGGUUGUUUACAAACCGCACAGACAUUUGUGGGUGCUUUUUUUCCCCCCUUUAUUUUUGUGGUGAUCGAAAAUGCGAUUCUGCAGAAACGUUUUGUUCGGGGGACUUUAAUGGCAUGACGUCAGACCCUUCCUUUGCAUGUGGAUAUGAGCGCAGCCUAUGUAACUUGCUGACUGAAACAAACUUGGAUCGCUGGAACGCAAGUCACGGAAUUGCAUCAAAGAUUUGUUUAUGUACCUUUAUCUUACGGACAGGGUGUGUUUUUAAGAAUCAUAAAGGCGACCAUAUUUUGUUUACCGAACUUUUGUUCUUUUGUUUACUUUUGACUAAUCUUUGCAAUGGAAUCGAAUUGAUCAUCGAGACGAAGAAAUGCUUUAUGUACCUGGAAAGAAGGCAAAAAUCAUGACAGCACAGAUGACCUCUUGGUACUGUAAGAUGCAUAUUGAAUGCUUUAACAUUUUUCCCUUUUAUCCAAUCAUUUUUUGGCUUGUGGAUUAGUUUGGAUGGACAUAUCUGUGAUGAGAAGAACAAGAAAAGAACAUAGACCUCAGAUCUGCCAGAUAAUUCCUUGGACAGUGUGAACGUGUUUUAUUCGUUUUGUAUUUUCCUUUUUUUGUGUGUGUGUUUGUGUGUGUGUGUCCAUCCUCCUCUCCGAGGUUGGACGGGGUGUCAUGGCCAUCAUAAAGAUAACAAAGGGACUAGCACUGCCCUGAUACCCUCACUAUGCACUUUUCAUUUGCUUAAAACUGUGAGGAACUUUCACUCGGGCUCGGAGAGCGCCGACAGAAUGCAAGAUGCCCGCUUUCUGUCAGCAGAUGGACGCUUGGAGAGUUUUUGACGCCCUUGUAUGAGACUUGUUCUCCUUACGGUGGUCUGUUUGAGAACGCCACCAUGCAAGCUUUACCGUAAAUGGAUAAGGGAAGCUUCAGACACAUUGGGACUUGUGGAAAAAUCCUUGGAAUUUUCCCACGGAGGAUUUUCGCUGAACAAUGUUGAUAUUUAAGACUAUAUGAACAGUCUUCAAACUUGGUUACAAUGUGGAGAUUCAGAGCAGAUUCACUUACAGUGUUGUCCGUUAUGUAAAAAGGAUUAAAACGCUCGGUCCAGGGUGCUAGCCAACACAAUUUUCUUUUUUCUUUUUCUUUUUUUUUUUUUUUUUGUGGACUGGAAUUAUUUCAUUGACUGAAAAAGACUUUUUUUAAAAAAAAAAAAAGAAAACAAAAGAAAACAAAAAAAGACUGGAGGAUGUUUUUUUUUUUUUUUUUUUUUUUUUUUUUUUGAUGUAUUGGAGAUAAAGAACCAAUAAGCUUCAUCAGCUCUACCGCCACCUGCUGACUGCAUGGCUGAAGUUCACCUUUAGCUUGAAGUGGUUACUGCGCUACAAGACCGUCUGUUUGAUCUUUGCUGUUCCAGAUCUUCAGAUGAAGACGGAGGCUCUCCAGCGCUUCGUGCUGCAUCUCCAUCUCCCCUUUAAUUCCUGUCCUCAUCCUUUAAAGAAAGAUCUCAAGGUCAGGAAUUUCAAACAGCACAUGAAAUGAUGACUGCAUGACAGGAACUAAAAGCCCAGAAAGAAGCGGAGGGCUGCAGCUUCAUUGCACCGUAUUCGGACUACUUGGAGGAAACCGUUUCCUUGCUAAGAGGAGGGAGUGAACUGUGAAUGCUGGAACAGCGAACUAUGAGAUCUCGAACCUGCACAGAAUAGUUCUGCUCAAGUGCAGCCAGGGUUAAACACCGCACACACAUAAUACACCUGCAUACACACACAUAUCCAAAAAAUUAAUUGUUGAUCACACAGACACACACUGACAUGGCUUCAGUUCCACUACACUUCAUCUCUGGCUGCCAUGUAUAUAAUGUAUAUAACCCUAACCCCUUUUCCUUUCUCUGCUGGGUUUCAGGUUUGUUUGAUUUAUUUUUUUUCUUUUUCUUUUCUUCUCUUUUAUGACAUGCCUUAACAGUUCGAUUUUGCCUAUUAAGGUUCACUUAAGAUGUGUAAAACAAAAAAAAAGUGUUAACAGUCAGCGAGACUAGCUCUGUGACAAUAGCGUGUGAUUUUAUUUAGGAAACCCUGAAACAUUAUGAACCUGCAAAAUGAUUUAGAUAUCAUUACAAAUGAUGCCCAAAUAGAUGAGACAACCUAUAACAUUUUCGAUAUUACAGCCAAAACUGUUUCCAGGUCAGAAUUAUGUCAAAUGUUUCUAUAAAUAGACAUGACUGUGCAGACGUACUUUUACUAACACAUGCUUGAGUGUCAGUUGCAGCUGUUACUUGAGUUGAAGAUCAGAAAGGAUGCGAUUUAUUUGUGGAGGUGAUGCAUGUCACUAUCUGAGUAUGGUAUUGCCCUUUUUAAGAUGAUUAAUUUUGUAAUGUUGCAGGUCAGAUUCAACUAGAGAUGCCUGAUGUCUUUACUGGUAUGCAAAAAUCCGUUUUAAAAUGUUGAUGAUGAUAAAAUACAUGUUUCUUCUAUUUAUUGAUUCAGUGUGUGAAGCAACAAUACUGUAUUGACUGUCACAGAGCUGUGUGUUCAUGUUAAAGCGAUCAGCUGAAAAACAGCGGCAUUGGCCGAUUCGAAAUCGUAAGAUGUUAUACUAGUCAUCCUUGCUAUCACACAUUCGAGGUGGAUGUCUUUUGAAAUUUCCAGAGAUACAACAAUUCAAAGAAAGGUCAUAAGAAACCAUUUUGACAAUGUUUGAAUAUUCAUUAUGUACAUAGUUUUUGGGGUUUCUGGUUUGUUUGAAGAAAAACAAUAAAUACUUCAGAAUGAA